AUGUCAAUUACAUCUAGAACAACAGUAGAAGCAUUGCCAUCAGUUAUAAGUCAUUCUACUACGUUCAAUAAUAAUAAUAAUAGCUUUUUUUCGCCAGCUAAACUAAAUAAUAGUGGUACAGCAGGAGGAGAAGUUUGGGAGGAUUCUACAUUGUUAGAAUGGGAUUCAAAUGAUUAUAGAUUAUUUUGUGGAGAUCUUGGUAAUGAGGUGACAGAUGAUAUGCUUUACAAAGCAUUUAGUAAAUAUUCAUCCAUCCAAAAAGCCAAAGUGAUUCGAGACAAACGAACAGGUAAGAGUAAAGGAUACGGAUUUGUAAGUUUUAAAGAUGCUGAUGAAUUUGUUAAAGCAUGGAAAGAAAUGAAUGGUAUUAAGAGACUAGGUCACAUGUCAGAAGCACAAUUGGACGGAAAUCAUAAUAUUAUAAUUAAAAUACUUGGUGAAGGAACAUAUGGUGUUGUUUAUAGAGGGAAAGAAAUAGCAACAGGGAAAAUUGUAGCACUAAAACAAAUUAGACUUGAUGAUGAAGUAGAAGGAAUUCCAUCAACAUCAUUAAGAGAGAUUUCUUUAUUAAAAGAAGCCAGUAGGCAUGAAAAUAUGGUGAAAUUAUUAGAUAUCGUAAGUCAAGAAAGAAAAAUGUUAUUAGUAUUUGAAUAUCUUACUAAAGAUUUGAAAAAUGCAGAUGGGAAUUUAAAGAUAGCAGAUUUUGGUUUAGCAAGAGCAACCAGUGUUCCGGUUAAACCCUUUACACAUGAAGUGAUAACAUUGUAUUAUAGAGCACCUGAAAUCUUACUUGGAUCAAGCUAUUAUGCAUAUCAAGUAGAUAUAUGGAGCAUUGGAUGUAUUUUUGCUGAAAUGUCUAAUUUGUUUCCAUUAUUUCCUGGUGACUCUGAGAUUGAUCAACUUUACAGAAUUUUCAGUGUUCUCGGUACUCCAAAUAAAAUUAUUUGGCCAGAAGUCAUUUGUUUUCAAGAUUAUCAAACAGAGUUUCCACAAUGGAACCCACAACCUCUUAAUAAAUAUGUUCCAAAAAUGGAUAUACAUGCUAUUGACUUGCUUCAUAUCAACCCUUACUAG